ACAAAAUUGCAAAUUCCGUUGAAUCUGGAAAUACUCACUUUAGUUCAUACAUAAGUAAAUCAUCCACGACUUUUGAGUUUGAUACUGUAUCUGUUGAUAAAGUUUUACAUUCAUUUCAUGCUUUAUCCUCCUCUAAGGAAAUCGGAGUUGAUAAUAUUCCAAUAAAAGUAUCGAAACUUUCUAUAGCCAUUAUAGCGCCAUCUAUGACUAAAUUAUUUAAUUAUGUAAUUCAGAAUGGGGUCUUUCCUCGCGAUUGGAAGGUAGCCAAGGUUAUACCUCUUCAUAUUAAAGGUCCCAAAAAUUUGUUGGAUAAUUAUUGCCCAAUCUCUAUCCUUCCAGCUAUCAGCAAGGCCUUUGAAAGUAUACUUUAUGAGCAACUACAUGGCUAUUUAUCCAAUGCUAGCAUACUUUCGAAAUGUCAAUUCGGUUUCAGACGAUAUCACUCUACAACUACGGCUCUUCUUGAUAGUACUAAUCAAUGGUAUUCAAAUAUGGAUAAAGGUUUGCUUAAUAUUGUUGCUUUUUUAGAUCUUAAAAAAGCUUUUGAUACCAUUGAUCUGCAUGAAAUCUUGAUUGAAAAGCUAAAUAUGUAUGGGGUAAAACGGCAUUCAUUGGGGUUACUUGAAUCAUACAUAACAAAUCGGUCACAAAAAUGCUUUAUAAAUAGUACAUUAUCUCAUUCUAAAUCGAUUAAGUGUGGAAUUCCUCAGGGAUCGAUUUUGGGGCCACUAUUCUUUUUAGUGUAUAUUAACGAUCUGCCUAAUUGUUUAAAUACUGUACACCGAGGAUGUUUGCAGAUGAUACAACGCUCACUGUGCGUGGCAAAUCCACACAUGAAAUUUCGUCUGCUUUGAAUCAUGAUUUAAAUAAUGUUAACGAUUGGCUAAUGGCUAAUAAGCUUUGUUUGAACCUUAGCAAAACGGAAUAUAUGCUAAUAGGAUCCAGGCACAGCAUCAAUAAUCUUGUUGAUAAUCCUUGUAUUUCUGUUGAUGGUAAACUUUUGAACCGACUGAUAGUGACUGAGUCUCUAGGAAUUCAUAUUGACCAAUUUCUCUCUUGGGAUUUUUAUAUUGAGAAAUUGACAAAGAAAAUUUCUAGUGGCAUUGGAGCUAUUUCUAGGUUAAAACCGUUUGUUUGCAGAAAUACUAUUAUUUCUGUCUACAACGCUUUAGUUCAAACAUAUUUUGAUUAUUGUUGUGAGGUGUGGGAUCCGAUUGGCAGUGUUUUAUCUGAUAAAUUGCAAACUCUUCAAAAUCGGGCAGCAAGAAUAAUUAUGGGUUACCCAAAUGAGCACGGAUGCCCAGAAGCUGCUUUGACUGCGUUCGGGUGGAAAACACUUAAGGAACGUCGAUUUGAAUCUAAAGCCAGACUCAUGUAUAAGAUUAUUCAUGGUUUUGCACCUACUCCGCUUACUGAAAUAUUUUCUAGUGCUUCAGUUGUCAGAUCUCAUGACUACAAUUUACGUAAUUCUGACAUGAAGCUCAAUCUUCCUUUUCCUAAAACGGAUUAUUUAAAAAAGAGUAUAAGUUUCAAUGGUGUUAAAUUGUGGAACGAUUUACCUAUUGAA